AGCGACGUGUGUGUUUACGGGGCCCGCAUCUCCGCGUAGAAUAGUAAUUUGUCCGCGGCGGUUUUUUUUUCUUGUGCCAGACGAGGCUUUGCCAGAAGGGUUGAUAACAGGAGAAGCGACAGCGAAUGGGCGUGUGAGAGACCGAGAGACCAAGGCCUGUUCGUCGCGGUAUAUCCAGCUUGUCGAUCAUCCCACUUCUUCCCCGUUUACACGAACUUGUUCCGCCUUCAUCACGGGAUGGACGCGAGUAGCGAGCAACCGACUGCGAUCGCGGCCGCCGAGUCCGCCUCCGCCAGUGAGCAGGAGCAUAAUGACGAGGCCAUGGAGGAGACGGAGGAGUACAACUAUGAGGGCGACGAUUACAGGCAUUUCAUGCCGCGCGGCCGCGGCGGCUUUCGGGGUCGUGGCAGAGGUGGGUUUGAUUUCCCUAUGAGAGGUGGUUCUCCAAGGUAUCGAGGAAGAGGAUUUGGACCACGGGGGCCAAUGUUCCGUGGUGCAAACAAUGGAUUUCCCUUUGAAGCUCCACCUAGGCCAAAUUGUCCACCUGGUCCGGCGGGGCCGAGAUUUCGAGGACCCCCGCCACCAUUUGAUCCUAGUUGGGGACCUAUGGGACCACCAAAUUUCAUGGGGCCUCCAAACUUGAUGGGACCUCCAGGAAUGCCACCACCACACAUGAUGAAUGGUCCUAUGGGUGCAGGACCUGGUCCGUAUGGACCACCUCCUGGAAUGGGAGGACCACCUAACAUGAAUAGCAUUCCAGGACAACAGCCACCCCAGCAAGUGCAACAGCAAGCAAACAUUCCAGGUCUAGAUCUCAAUGGAGAAGUGUGGGUAGAGACAAAAGCGGCCGAUGGCAAGUCGUAUUAUUACAAUAUUCGUACAAGAGAUACCACAUGGACUAAACCGGAGGGACCAAAUGUAAAGGUCAUGGUACAAGAUCAGUUAGAACAGUUAGUACAUAGUGCGUCGAAACAAGCGGCGACACGUUCUACUACACCUACUCCAUCAAGUAGUACACCGACCAAGAUUAGUGAAAACAGAAUCUCUCAAGGCGAGCAAUCGUCCACUAACAACACAGAAGCCAUUAAUCAAUUAAGUACAGCACCCCCUGGCACUGGACCUCCACCUACAUUGAAUGACACACCAGAUGUCAAUAAUCAAACGUCUGAGACAAAUCAGUCAAAUGGUACAGCACCCACAACAGUUACCAAUACGCCACCAAUAAAUACACCAGCGGUAAAUACGAAUAUGAUGCAACCGCCGCCGAAUAUGAUUCCCAUGCAGCAUAGAAUGCCGAAUCAAUUUGGUAGUCCGAUUGCAACGCAAUUUGGUGCGACACCCUUUGGGAUGCCGCCACCUGGUUUCCAACCUUUUGGCGGAUAUGGACCACCACAAGCAAAUUGGGGUAUGCCACAAAUGCCUCAUGGUGUAAUGACACCUCAAACGCCCGCUGAAGAUCCUGCUAUACUUGCACAACUUGAUUCUGAAUUAGUAGCAGCUGCUAUGGUUUGGACCGAGCAUCGUGCACCAGAUGGCAGAUUCUAUUAUUAUAAUAGUAAAGCGGGAGAAUCAGUAUGGGAAAAACCACAAGCCUUGAAAGAUCUAGAAAAUGCAAAAUUAACACUUCGGCAGAAAAACGAGGAAACAAAUGCUGUUCCUACUAGUACCGCCGUUACAUCUGUCGUUACUAAUAACAGCACAAUUAUUGAACCUACCAAACAAGAGAAGCCGCAAGAAAACGCUCAUGAAACCAAAGAUAGUACAAAGGAUACGGAUAGCACUAAGCUGAAAAAGGAAGAGAAUACUGCAAAAGAACCUUCAAAGCCUCAAGACAAGUCUAGACCAAUUUCUAGUACGCCAGUGCCUGGAACUCCAUGGUGCGUGGUUUGGACGGGAGACGGACGGGUAUUUUUCUACAAUCCUUCUUCGAGGAUAUCAGUUUGGGAGAGGCCGGAUGAUCUCGUUGGGCGUCAGGACGUAGACAAGAUGAUAUCAACGCCACCAGAUGCGAUUGGUGUUACAAAACCAGCACGUCAGUCGGAUACCAGCGAAAGCAGCGAUGACGAUCAGCCCACACCAGCUAAAAAGAUGAAACAUGACGAUCCUAAAACCACACCCAUCAAGGAAGAGGAAGAGAAGGAAGGAAAAAAGACUAUCGACAUCGGUAAAGAGGCUGCAAUAGAGGCCGAAGUGAGAGCAGCUAGGGAGAGGGCGAUCGUUCCAUUGGAAACAAGGAUCAAGUCGUUCAGGGAUAUGCUUGCAGAGAAAGAUGUAUCCGCAUUCAGUACUUGGGAAAAGGAGCUUCAUAAAAUAGUGUUUGAUCCGCGCUACUUACUUUUAACGUCAAAGGAAAGGAAACAGGUCUUCGAAAAAUACGUGAAGGAGAGAGCGGAAGAAGAAAGGCGAGAAAAAAGGAAUAAGAUGAAAGAACGAAAAGAACAGUUCCAGAAACUUUUGGAAGAAGCAGGACUACAUGGAAAGUCAUCAUUUAGCGAUUUUGCUCAAAAACACGGAAGGGAUGAGCGAUUUAAGAAUGUAGAAAAGAUGCGUGAACGAGAAAGCCUUUUCAACGAAUAUCUUCUGGAAGUGCGAAAGAGGGAGAAAGAGGAAAAAACAGCGAAAAGAGAACAGGUGAAAAAGGAAUUCUUUACGAUGCUACGUGAACACAAAGACAUCGACAGGCAUUCGCAUUGGAGCGAUUGUAAGAAAAAGUUGGAAACGGAUUGGAGGUACAGAGUCGUAGAGUCAGCGAGCACGCGGGAAGAUUGGUUUAGAGAUUACGUUCGCCUGCUGAAGGAUGAGCGGAAAAAGGAAAAGGAGAAAGACAAAGAUCAUCGGCACAGAGAGAAAGAUCACAAGACGGACAAGAAGGAUAGAGAUCGUAAGGAUUCGGAUAAAGGUAAAGAAACAAAAUCCAGCAAGGAUAAAGCUGACAAAGAUAAUACAAGGGAAAAGAAGCAACGAAAGAACGAAGCACCCCCAGAAGAGAGCGAAAAGGAGAAAAAGGAGCCAAUAGUAGAGAAAGAGUGCGGGGAAAUUGAAGAAAAUGAUGACAAAAGUGUUAAAAAGGAGAAUGACAAGGAAGAAGAUGAUCAUUCUGAUUCGGAGGAAGACCGCGAGAAACAGAAAAGAGAUCGUGAAAGACGAGCGGAAGCUAGUCUUAGAGAGAGAGAAAGAGAAGUGCAACGAACUCUAGCUACACAUCUUCGCGAUAGAGAUAAGGAAAGGCAGCAUCACCGUCACACAGAAGCGGUUCAACAUUUCAGCGCUCUUCUAGCUGAUUUGGUAAGAAACGGCGAUCUGGCGUGGAGAGAAGCGAAACGACAAUUAAGGAAGGACCAUAGGUGGGAGUUGGCCGAAAGUUUAGAUCGCGAAGAGAAAGAACGACUGUUUAAUGAACACAUUGAACAAUUGGGUCGCAAGAAGCGCGAUAAAUUUCGGGAAUUGCUUGACGAAGUAGGCGCAUCGACCGAACUGACAGCAUCUUGGAAAGACAUUAAAAAACUGUUGAAAGAUGAUCCUAGAUACUUGAAAUUUUCUUCCAGUGAUCGAAAAUGCGAGAAGGAGUUUAAAGAAUACAUUAAGGACAAACUGGUCGCUGCCAAAGCUGAUUUCAGGGAGCUCUUACAGGAAACAAAACUAAUCACUGACAAAACGUACAAAAAAGUUCAAGAGAAUAGUUCGCAUUUAGCAGAGAUCGAAGAAAUUCUUAGGAAAGAUCGCCGAUUUCUCGUACUUGAAGCUGCAGCUGCCGAACGGACUCGAUUAUUAAUGGGCUAUUUGGAAGAGUUAGCACGUAGAGGUCCUCCACCACCUCCUACUGCUUCAGAACCAUCAAGAAGAUCUACUACAAAUUGAAGGAUGAUCUACAUCGAAGUAUGAUACAUAUAUGACAACAAUAACAAAAAUGAAUGAAUUUAUAGCUGUAGUUAAAUUGAAUUACUUUACACCGAAUUAUUGCCUGUAUAGGAUUCAAUAAAAUUAAUGAAUGCCAAUUCUACAAUGGAGAUUGUAUUGUGAGAUAUUGUAGUGCAAGCAUAUAUAUUAUUGUUGAAUAAUAUUAAAUGAGACUUCACAGAAUGUCGGUAAACCUA